AUGUUAUAUCUAUGGCUCAACCCUAAGACUGUCCCACAACCCCUGGAGAGGGUGAGGUCCACGAGAGCUCUGGCCCAGUGCCCAGGAGCCCAGAGGUAUAUAUGGCGCAGGAAGUCCGCGCCGCGUCCAGUCGUCAUGUCCCCCUCAGUCGCGCUCGUCCUGCUCCUCGUGUCCUCGGUCCUGGCCCAGGACUCGUUCCUGGAGACCGCCCGCGCCGCCUGCUUGCGACAAGGACAUCUUCUACCCUGCGCAAAGUACAAGAUUGCCAACUUCGUACAUAGGAUAGCAUCUAGUCAACGCUCCUUGGAUCUAGGUCCGCUGCGCCUAGUGUCGAUCCCUGGAGGAAACUCGACCCAAGAUGAGCUCAUGGCCCGAGCUGCAGAGUAUGCACCCAGAGAACCCGAGCUUCUGCGGAUGUUCAAGUAUGGAGUGCGGCAACUCGACCUGUUCCUAAACUCUCACGGGUUGUCGCUGCCUUUAGAUUCCGCCGGAGCAGGACCUUACGUGGUACAUGACGACGGAACCAGAGUCAACACCGUUGAGGCUCGAGGAAUCCACUCCAAGAAGAAGCUGGCGUUGCUCUUCCCACUUCUUGUCAUACUCAAGUUCGGCAUCAUCAAGGCAAUCCUGGUUCCCAUCUUGUUAGGGGUGUUAUUCAUUAAGAAAAUGAUAAUUCUGGGGGUAAUGGCUCUGCCUUCGAUACUCUCUGUGAUCAAGGCUUGCAAGAUAGUUCCGCCAUACCACACGGCAUACCAUUCCGCGGUAUACCAGCCGGUAGAGGAGUACGGCCAUGAUGUGACGUCUUACGGAGGACAAGGUUACGGCUACGGAAGCUAUGGAGGUUACGAAAGUGGAAGUUACGGGAAGGACUGGGGCGCCAACCAACGGAAGACACGAGAACGGCAGAGCGGCUCAGGCUCGAGGCAGAGGCAACCUCCAUCUCAUCGUCCCGCUCAUCAUAAUGGCCAAACUGAUGAGCAUCAAAGCUCUCCUAAUUCCGACGCUACUGGGCGUCGCUGCCAUCAAGAAAUUCAUCAUUCUCACAGUGAUGCUUCUGCCCUCCAUCAUACACAAGCUGAAGGCAUGUAAGAUAGUUCCCCAUUUGGUGCACUACACCCCCCACCACUCCCAUUCCCACGAGUUCCAUGAUGAUUACCUACCUCACCACGAUCACCACGAACAUCACGACCACCACGAAUCUUACCACCAAGGAGACA